GACCCACCCCCGGAACUGCGUCAGCCCACGGCCCGCACCCUCCGUCACAUCCGGCCACACUGUCAUGGCGGCGCUCGCUGUUCACCGCGAGCCGGCGGGCGGCUUCAGUUUCCAGAACUGCCGGCGGAAUGCAUUCAUUGAAGCUCAACUUACCAAGCAAGGCUUGAAAGUUAUUGAAGCAAGGAAAACUGGUACCACAAUUGCAGGGAUUAUAUUCAAGGAUGGUGUAAUCCUGGGUGCUGAUACCAGAGCAACCGAAGGAAUGGUUGUUGCAGAUAAGAACUGCUCCAAGAUUCAUUACAUUGCAAGUAACAUUUAUUGCUGUGGUGCUGGGACAGCCGCAGACACCGAGAUGACCACUCAGCUGAUCUCGUCCAACCUGGAGCUCCAUUCGUUGUCCACUGGGAGACUUGCCCGUGUAGCUACUGCUAAUCGCAUGCUGAAGCAAAUGCUCUUCAGAUAUCAAGGAUACAUUGGUGCAGCGCUAGUACUUGGAGGAGUAGACUCUACUGGUCCCCAUCUUUAUAGCAUUUAUCCACAUGGAUCAACUGACACAUUGCCAUAUGUAACUAUGGGUUCUGGAUCUUUGGCAGCAAUGGCAGUAUUUGAAGAUCGAUACAAGCCAGACAUGGAGGAAGAGGAUGCAAAGCAACUUGUCAAGGAUGCGAUUGCUGCGGGAAUUUUCAACGACCUUGGUUCGGGGAGCAACAUUGAUUUGUGCGUGAUAACGAAGAAUAAACUGGACUAUCUGAGACCACAUGACAUUGCCAAUAAAAAGGGUGUACGGCAAGGCAACUACAAGUACAGAAGGGGCGCAACGGGCAUCCUAACGGAGUUGGUCGCUCCACUGGAGCUUGAAGUGGUGGAGGAAGCUGUGCAUACAAUGGACACUUCCUGAAGAACCUGACCAUUGUUAUUUUUUACCACUUUGAUGUGGAUGUCCAGAAAAUCGAAUGAUUAUAUGUAGAUUAAAAUAACAACUGUAAUAACAGGAGACAUGUUCAAUUUUUUUUUGCAAAUAAAGUUGGUCUCCCAAAA